AUGGACCCACAAAUUUACUCUUAUGUAGGAAUUCGGCUAGAAUCUACUUUUGCAAAAACACCAGAUGAGAUGUUUGCUCAUAUCAAUGUUAUGUACUUUGCUGAUGAAAAAUAUAUGAUCACCGAGAGAGAAGUAUUGACAAUUACUAAUGCUCUUUCAGCGACAGGAGGAUACAUUGAGAUUAUAAGAUUGAUAUGUGUUGCAGUUAUCUAUUUAUUUAGAGCAGAAUCAUUCUAUGCCUCACUUAUGAAAAAGUUUUUAAUCACGGAAAAUGGCCCAUCCGAAGCAAUUAUUUAAAACUAAGAUGAAACAUCUAAGGAUGAUAUUGGUAGAAAUUAUAAUAAAAUUCAUAGUGGAAAAUUAAGUUAUCUGAAAAAGAUCAAGUCAAGAAGUCCCAUUACAUUUAAUUUCAAAGAUAGAUUAAACUGCCUUCUGACAAGCAGUAAAAAGGAUAGAGGAAAACUUUAAUAUUGA